GUUUCUAUGUUUUUUCUCCUCUGUCUGUCAGUUGCGGUAUAAUUAUAAUUAAAUAUAGAGGUGGUGUAGGUUUUUUUUUUACUAUUGUUAUUAAAAAAAAUUAAGUUUUCUUUAAAAAUUAAAUAAAAAAUAUAAAAUUUGCAGUAAUUCAUGGUAUAUUUUGUAAAUUUGUGCUUGUUUCUUUAAUAGUAAAUUACUUUCAACGCUGUGACUUGAGUAUUAUUAUAUUGUGUGCUGUGUUGUGUUUAAAUUGUCCAUUAUUUCAUAGUUAUUAACAGAAAAAAGGAUUUAACAAACAUUUCUGAAAGCACUAAAAAACUAGGCGCAAUUUUCCGAAAAAAAAGUAUUAUUUUCAGUUCCAUUUGUUUAUAAUUUAGUUAUGCUUUUUACGCGUAGACGGACUUUCAUAAAAAGUUAAAAAAAAAAUUAAAAAAAUUAGAGAUGCAGUAUUUACAAAUACACACUAAAAUUUAAUUAAAGAAAUUGCAACAAUUAAACUUAUUUAAAAAUAUAAAACAUUUCACCAAAACAUUACCACUGUCAUCAUCAUCAAUCAUCAUUAUUCAGUUAAUGUUAGUAAAUUUGCUCUGAAAUUUUAAAACAAAAAGUGUUUUUUUCUGUGUUAUAGCAUAAAUCACUCACUAAUCAAAUAAUUCGAAGAAAAGAAAAGCUGUGCUUUUUUUUAAAUUAAUAUUGCUCGAAAACUAAAUUUGUAAAUACAGAAAGAAAAUAAGUAAAUUACAAAACGUACGCGCUCUAUUAUGUAUGAAAGUUAUAGAUUUUUAAAUUCACUUUUUCGCGCCACAAUCAUUCCCGGAGUAUUUAUUAUAAUUUGGCUAACUGGGUUAAUAUCUUUAGCAACAGUACAAAUAUGUUUAAUAGGAUUCUCAGUUGUAUUCAUAGUAUUACCCCUAAUAUUUCGUUAUUCGGUAACGAUACAAAGAGGCAUAUUAUUUUUAACAUUUAUCACAUAUCCUAGAGAUCUCGACUUAAAUAAUCCUUCUAGUGUGGGUCUUUAUGCCACCAGAAGUUUUUUCCUAGAUGUACCCGACAGUGAUGUGGAAAAGGAACAGGAUGACAGUGAUCACGGUGUGGUAAGCCACAAACCGGCCACUGUUCGCAUUGGUGUCUGGCAUGUUUUACCCAAACAAGUGGUAAAACGCUUCGCCAAGGAAAUGCAAUUGGGUCCAGAUGCACAUGAAGACUUGCAGAAUGUAACCGAUAUUAAAGAUGAGAACUUGGACGAAUUAGAGCCGGUGCUCAAAUCCACUUUCCCCAUAGUGAAUUCGGAAAAUGAACAACUUUUCUAUGAACGUCUAUUGAAAAUGCCCGAUAAUAAUAUUGUGUUGUAUUGUCAUGGCAAUACGGCUUCUAGGGGUUCAGGACAUCGUAUAGAUGUCUAUAAAUUGCUACGCAAUUUAGGUUAUCAUGUCAUUUCAUUCGACUAUAGAGGCUAUGGUGAUUCGGAUGCUGUUUCACCUACAGAAGAGGGUGUUGUACGAGAUGCUCUGGCGGUUUAUUAUUACAUACGUAAUAUUACCACAAAUCCGGUAUUCAUAUGGGGUCAUUCAUUGGGCACAGGAGUGGCCACUAAUAUGUUGUCUAAACUGAAUAAUCUGGAUGAGAAGGGUGUUAGAGGAGUCAUCUUGGAGGCUCCCUUUACGAAUAUAAGAGAUGAAAUUAGAAUGCAUCCUUUUGCUAGGCCUUUUAAACAUUUACCCUGGUUUGAUCACACCAUCUCACGUCCCAUGUAUGCAAAUUCUUUGCGCUUUGAAUCCGAUCAACAUAUCAGCGAAUUUAGACAACCCAUUUUAAUUGUACACGCUGAAGAUGACUAUGUAGUGCCCUUCCAGCUGGGCUAUAGACUGUAUCGCAUAGCUUUGGAUACACGCGGCAAAGCCUGGGGUCCAGUAGAAUUUCAUCGCUUUGAAGGUUCCCGUAAAUAUGGCCACAAAUUCAUAUGUCAUGCUCCCGAGUUACCCGACCUAAUUAAGAAUUUUAUAAACAAUUAUCGUAAUGAAAUAUUUUAAGGCUUUUCCUCAUACCCGAUGAAAUACAUAAAUAAAUUCAUUUGUAAUUCCCUAAUAUAGUAUAUAUUAAAAUAUACUCCCUAUCUCUCUUCACUAGCUUUAAGUAAUGUUUUCAAUGGAAAUUUAGCUUUAAAGGAUAUUUGAAAAUUUUUAAUUAAAAUUUAAUAGAAAUUAAAAGAAA